AUGAACAUUUCGAUGGGUGUCAUCACCGCGCUGCUAGUCGUUAUUCGCCUCAUCUUCAAGCGUUUCUUUAGCCAGCGAAAUACACUUGGCGCCGACGACUGGGCAAUACUGGCGACGCUGGUGAUUGGCAUCCCUUGCACAAUCAUCAACAAGGUCGGCCUAACGGCACAUGGCAUGGGCAAAGAUGUCUGGACAUUAUCGCCUGAUACGCUUACGGACUUCGUUCUAUACUUCUACGUCAUGGAAAUCCUCUAUUUGGCAGAGAUGUCGCUCAUUAAAUUGAGCCUUUCCCUCUUCUACCUCUACAUCUUCCCCGGCACCCGGACUCGCCGCCUCCUCAUCGGGACGUCAAUCUUCAACGUCAUCUUCGGGUUCACCUUUGUCACGACGGCCAUCUUCCAAUGCAGCCCCGUUCAUCACUAUUGGACCCAAUACGUGGAUGCCACGUCCCGCGGCCGGUGCAUAAACAUCAACCUCUUCGCCUGGAUUAACGCGGCCCUCGCUAUUGCGGUCGACGUGUGGAUGAUUGCGAUACCGCUCAGUCAGAUCAAGAAGCUGGAGCUCCACUGGAAGAAGAAGAUUGGGGUUGCCAUAAUGUUCUUGAUCGGGACUUUCGUAACCAUUGUCUCGGUACUACGUCUCCAGUCGCUCAUUUACUUUGCAAACUCGAAAAACCCCACGUGGGACCAAUGGAUCGUUGGUUGGUGGUCGACGAUCGAAGUCAACGUGGGGAUGAUUUGCACAUGUUUGCCGACCGUGCGCUUGAUACUGGUGCGGGUGUAUCCUCGUGUGUUUAGCACCAACGCCUCACGCAACAAGUCCAUCGCGGGUUUUGCAGAGAGAUAUGGGCGAAACAGCAAAGUGUUUGGUCACAAUCAGAUCGAGCUCUCCAGCGUGGAGACCAACAUAGCAGAGACAGGUGGCAAGAAAGCAGGAAUGUUCUCCGAGGCGACAGAAAGGAACGCUGUAAGAUGA